AGUUCCGGUUUCCUCUCAGGGAAGUGCUCUGACAAGUGCCGCUACUUCCGCCUUUAGCCGCCGCUCAUCACAUCGAAAUGGUAAGAGAAUUUGGGAAUAUUUUAUGGUCUAGAUACACUAUCGUCCUUUACUCAGAUAAAUAUUUCAGUUCACUACAUUAACAAAGUGACCAUAAGGACAGCCCUUCUGUGCUUUUCUUUUUUUAUCUUUUAUUUGGACUUGCAGCGAUGCUAGUUAGCUUACGAGCUAACGUUAGCUGGUCGGUUUCCUGUCGAAUGAAAAUAUCCGAAAUUGCUCAAAUCUGUUCACUGCAAUCCUCGACGUCGUCUCAUACAGGGUAGUUUUUUUGUGUGCGUAUAAAGUGUCUCCUUACUCUGAAAAGAAAACAUACUAGGCUUAUUUAGUCAUUAGGAAAACCAUCGUGAUGAUCAGAGGAGGAAACAUCUGGUGGAGCAGCAGCUAGCUGACACUUGUGUCAGGAAAUUUAGAGGUAAAACAGCUGCUGCUGCUGUGUUGUUGCUACACUCUGAGGAAAUUCUUCUUUUAGUACAAAUGAAUUUAUCUUCACGUCAUAUUGGGGUUUAUUUUUGCACAUUUUAACCCUUUCCUACUUCAUGUCAUCACCCGGUGAACUGUGUCAGUAACAGAUGUUGACCAGCUGGUGAAGUUGAUGGUCCAGAUAGUGGACUGUAUGUCAGAAUAGUGCAAUAGCCGGAUCAGUAUUUGACCACAGUGGACACCUUUUUUAUUAAUUUCUCAACUGCACGUUGUUUCCUCAAAUCAACAUGUUAUUGUCUCUCCGCUUUAAGUAGGGGGGAGUGGGGUAAGAUGAGCCAUUUUUCAUAUUUUGGAUUACUAAAUCAAGGCAAUCAUAGUUUUGUCUAUGAUUGCCUUGAUUUGACUAGUGUAUCUGUAUAUAUUUCAAGAUGUUGUGCAUCCCUGAAAACAAACAGAAUGAGUGUAAACAUAACUGUCUUGAUAGUAUAACAUGCCAAAAAAGUGGUUUCGAGGAAAGUUGAGCCAUGUCCCUACUACCCCCUCACUCUCCACCUCCAGCUGUUUUGUAAAAAGUCAUUUCAAUAUGAGAAUGUCUUUAAGUGAUUCAGAACAUUCACAGCUGUAUUCUUGAAAAGAAAAAGUAACACAUUUCAACAAUCUGAACUGAAACUCUGAUCCUCUCAUCAGACUUCUUUACUUUCUCAGUUACCUCAGAACUGCAAUUAUGAAUUUAUUAGUCCUCUAAACUAAAAUGGUGGACUUUUAUGUUUUUGACCUCAUGUUGUAGCUCAUAGAUACCACAAUUGAUGCAUAAAACAAAUUUAAAAUGAUAUUUUUUGGUCUGAACACAAUUCUAAUCAAACUUAUGACAAACUAAAUUCACUUUCAAGAGUAAAAAAUGUUUUUUUUUUGUAAAUAAAUGUCUAACCCCUUCACCCAUGUGUUUCUAACCUUCACAGACUCCAUGAAUUGAUGCCCAUCUCCUAAAUAUUUGGUCACAUGAUCAAUUUCUUUGAACAUUUCCAAGCAACAGGGGGUGGCUCAACUUAUCCUUUGGCUUAACUUACCCCACUCUCCCCUAUAUUGUUUCCUCAAAUCAACUUGUUAUCUCUCUGCUUCAAGUAUUAUUGGUUUUAUUUGUUUAUUUUUUUAUUGAUAAGAGUGAUUUUAAUAUUUUCCCAAGCAUCUUAAGGACAAGAUAAGCAAAGACUGCUUUGUCCACAGUCACACCAACAUUGACAAUAAUGGGAAGUUCCUUACAGAAACUUAAUCUCAUCCUGUUUUAUUGCUUCUUCUCAACAGACAGCAACUUUACGUCCUUAUCUGAACGCAGUGCGUGCCACACUGCAGGCUGCCCUCUGCCUGGAGAAUUUCUCAUCACAAGUGGUUGAGAGACACAACAAGCCAGAAGUGGAAGUACGGUAAGACUGUCUCUGCAACUCUGAGUGAGAUUUUGGCUUACUUCUACUUCUACUUUACUACUGCGCAUGAUAUCUGAGUUUUACGCCUCAUUGACUGUUUGUUUGUGUUUUAUUUUUCCACUAUUAGGAGUAGUAAAGAGUUACUCCUGCAGCCUGUGAUUAUCAGCCGUAAUGACAAGGAGAAAGUUCUGAUUGAGGGCUCCAUCAACUCUGUCAGAGUCAGCAUUGCUGUCAAACAGGUUGGUUAGGCUUCUGUAUGUUGUUUAUGAGUAAAGAUCAAAAAAGUUUUUUGGUACAUCUUAAAAAUAUUUUUUAUUCUGACUGUUACUUUUUAAUCAUCCGCUUUUCAGGCAGAUGAGAUUGAGAAGAUUCUGUGUCAUAAAUUCAUGCGGUUCAUGAUGAUGAGGGCUGAGAACUUCUUCAUCCUGAGGAGGAAACCUGUGGAAGUAUGUUGACUUGAAAAACUUUGUAAUUAUAAAGUCAGGGAUAAGUUACUAAAAAUCCCAAAUGAGCACUGAUUUAUUGUCAAUGUGAGACAAAAAUAAGACAAACAAGCCAAGUAGACAUGACUAAAGAUGUUGCACUUUACAAUUCAGCUCAGUCAAACAUGAAUACAGGGUGACUAAUGUGCUUUUUUUUUUUUUUUUGCAGGGCUACGACAUCAGCUUUCUCAUCACCAACUUCCACACAGAACAGAUGUACAAACAUAAACUGGUGGAUUUUGUCAUUCACUUCAUGGAGGAAAUUGACAAAGAGAUCAGUGAGAUGAAGCUCUCCGUUAACGCCCGGGCUCGUAUUGUUGCUGAAGAGUUCCUCAAAAAUGUGAGUUGCAGUUCUCUUUUUUUUAGGUACUUAAAUGUGAUUAAGAUUAUGGGUUUCAUGUAAAAUCAUGAAAAAUGAUGUAUUUGCUUUAAUCUUUAAGAUUUGUUGUUGCUUUACUCUUGCAGUUCUGAGAUAGAGAGAGAAAAAACCUGGGAGUACAUUCCUGCCAUUUCAGCCAUCGCUGUGGAGUGCAUACCUUAAAGGGCAAAGAGAAGACAAGAUACAAUCAGCGAAGAGAAGCUGAGAAACAGCAGACAUGCUGUAAAGGCUGAUGGGAGGCUCUUUAGACUUGGAUUCCCCGAUGCUCAAAAGUAUUGAUAUUUGUACAUAAAAAUGAUCACACCAUAAAUAAAUAUCUGCCUUUAAAGCUUAAGAGAAAGUCAAGGCAGGUGCCAUUUUUUCAUCAAUAUGAAUGAGCACAGGGUAAUGGAAUUUUUAAAUUUAUUUAAAUGUUUUUUAAAAUAUAUAUUAUAUGAACAUACAUUUAAGUGAGAUAUUUUUUGUUAUGACAGAUCUGAAACAGGGGGUUAAUCAAUUGGUGCAUGUUUCCUGUCUUAGUGUGCAGAGUGAACCCUAUUGUAAAUGGAAAUAAUGAGAAUAAAUAUACGUGCUGGCUUGUUUUACCCUUGAUGAUAAAUAAAAAAAAUUAUGCUUUGUAUAUGA